AUGUCAGCGACCUUCCCCGGACUUGUCCACGACGCAGAGAUACGUCACGACGGAUCCAACAGCUACCGGCUCAUGCAGCUCGGGUGCCUGGAGUCCGUGGCCAACUCCUCGGUCGCCUACUCCUCCUCCUCGCCGCUCACCUACCCGGCGCCGGGGGCCACGGAGUUCGCGUCGCCCUACUUCUCCGCCAACCACCAGUACACGCCCCUGCACCACCAGUCCUUCCACUACGAGUUCCAGCACUCGCACCCGGCCGUGGCCCCGGAGGCCUACGGGCUGAACUCGCUGCACUCGGGCCAGUACUACCAGCAGCUGCACCACGGGGAGCCCGGGGACUUCAUCAACCUGCACAGCGCCCGCUCGGCCCUCAAGUCGUCGUGCCUGGACGAGCAGCAGCGCCGGGAGCUGGGCUGCCUGGACGCCUACCGCCGCCAUGACCUGUCGCUGAUGACGUCACACGGCUCCCAGGCCUACGGCAUGCACCAUGCGGACCAGAGGCUGCUGCCCGCCGCCGGCCUGGGGCUGCCUCCGGCCGGGGGAGACGACCUGCAGGGCUCCGUGGAGGCGCAGUGUGGGCUGGUGCUGAACGGACAAGGGGGCGUCAUCCGGAGAGGAGGGACGUGUGUGGUGAAUCCUACAGAUCUGUUCUGCUCGGUACCGGGUCGACUCUCCCUGCUCAGCUCCACCUCCAAGUACAAAGUCACCAUCGCCGAGGUGAAGAGACGACUGUCCCCGCCAGAGUGCCUCAACGCCUCCUUACUGGGCGGCAUACUGCGCAGAGCGAAGUCUAAGAACGGCGGCAGGUGUCUUCGGGAGAAGUUGGACCGGCUGGGCCUCAACCUGCCGGCAGGCCGGAGGAAAGCUGCCAACGUCACCCUGCUCACCUCCCUGGUGGAAGGUGAGGCGCUCCACCUGGCGAGGGACUUUGGCUACACCUGCGAGACAGAGUUCCCCAGCAAGGCGGUGGGGGAGCACCUGGCCAGGCAGCACAGCGAGCCCAAAGAAACCAGCGCACGCAAGAAGAUGGUUCUGGCAACAAAGCAAAUCUGUAAGGAGUUCCAGGAUUUAUUGAGCCAAGACCGCUCUCCUCUGGGCUCGUCCAGACCGACCCCCAUCCUGGACCUGGACAUCCAGAGACACCUCACACACUUCAGUCUGAUCACUCACGGGUUCGGCACGCCGGCGGUCUGCGCGGCGCUCAGCACCUUCCAGACGGUCCUGAGCGAGAUGCUCAACUACCUGGACAAGAACUCCAGCGGGAAGACGGGCGGAGCCAACGACCAGCAGAUCAACAGCAGCUCAGAAAAGACGCAGCUCCGGAAAACAGCCGAGCCGCUGCAGAGCAAAGACGGGAAAACGGAAAAGACUGAGUAG